GGGGGGACAGGCAGCCAGAGUGUAUUCAUACACGUUAGGCUUAUAUUGAGGUCCCUCCCCCUCUCAAGGUCGAAUUACUGACCCCACCUAGGAUACACUCCCACAACAAGAGAGAAGUCUUACAGCAUGGACCCAAUGGGCACUUGCCAGGGGGGGGGGUCCCCACCAGCAUAGGACAUGCCUGAUUUACCUGAGGGCCACUAACCCUAGUGGCCUCUACGAGGACAGGAAGCCGCCGACUUGUCAAAGAUUAAUAUUAAUCAUAUGAGGUCAAGGAAAAAUGGACCCAUCAUCAAUGGUUGAACUUCCUGCUUACGAGUAUGCCCCUCGAUGGAUGCAACUAGAUGAGCGUUGUCAUCAUCCAGACUAUAAUAAUGAUCUAACGCAGUUCUUGACGAGGACAGUGACUCUCAUCAGAGAGAAAGUGUCUGAUGCUCUUGGGUUUAACAUCCGAGGAGGCAAGGAACAUUUUUGUGGGAUAUAUCUCUCCAAAGUGAUGCCUAAUACAGAAGCUGAGCGACUAGGGUUGCGAGAAGGUGAUCAGAUUGUCUCUGUAAAUGGAACCGAUUUUGAGGACAUUGAACAUGCCAAGGCUGUGAAGAUUUUAAAAUCUAACACAGAAAUAAUGAUGCAACUGAGAAACUUUCCAUAUGGAUAUAAAAAAACAUAUGAGAAUGUGCAAAAUUCUAACAUAGCUUCCAGUUAAUUGAAAAUAGUCCUGAUACUGAACCCUUUUUUUUCCCAUUGAAAGUUGAUCUAGUUUUUUAUAAAAAAAGAAAUGUUAUAAAUAUUUUUAUUUUACAGUGCUGGAAGGUUGCUGGCAUUCAGUAUACAGUAUUUCUAAAGUUACUGUACAAUGGUCCGUUUUUAAAGACGUGCUUUAUAAUUUCUGUACGGUUGUUUCUAUUUAGACUGUGUUGGUAUAAUAAUUACAGUACCCAUCUUUCUAUUGAUUGACAGGAAACAUUAUAUAAUUCCUAAUACCUAGUACGGUAUUGCUGCCUGAGAUUAUAACUCGUACUCAUUAAAUGAAAUGUUUAGUACUUUAUAUUAAAGUAUUCUCCCACCAUCUACUUCUAAUCAGAUCAUCACUCUCAUGUCUAAUAUUACCACUAACCCCCCCCCCCCCACACACCCCCCCCCCCAACCUACCAGUCUCCCUGCUCCACAUUUCCAGGCCUUUAUGUUUUCUGAAAGUUUUACAUUUUCUCCCUAUCCUCAUUAGUUUUUCUUUUUGUUAUACUGGUACAUUUAUUUACAUGGCACUUUCAUUCACUUUAUAUCCAUGAAAUCCACUUUUCUUUAAAUAAACUGCUUACAAUGUGCUCAUUCUACUAAACAAUUCCUCUUGUUCUCAAGAACACACUAUCCCACAGAAGGACAUUGCAAAAGGUCUAUUGGCCUAUAUGAGACAGCUCCUAUUUAUAUCCCCCCAAACUCGUUCAUGAAUGUCUAACCUAUGCUAUAAAUAAUCCAGCUGAUCCCAUGUCUAAAUCCCAGCCCAUCCCUAAAUUUAAAUUUGUCCCACUUAUAUCCAUUAAUUUGUAUAGAUAUAUUACAAAUGUUACUUGUA